AUCACUGUAUAUAUUGCUUUGUUUUCUGAAAUAAGGUGUGGUCUUGGGGGACAAACGGGAACAGACUUCGGCCUCUCUAUGGUCUAUAGAAGAAGACCGUUACCAUGGCGACACACGUCAACUAACUUCUGUGUAGCUCAGCGGACCGGAUAUUGAGAAGCUUCAGUGUUGUUCAUUGACAUUAGCCCAGCUGUUAUCCUGGUGCUACAAUGACCGAACAGCCAGACAUUGUGGAAAAUAAAGUCGGAAAACCUAUGGUGCACAACAGGGAAGAGAGGGCCCUUGACACAGAGAAGACAAGGACACAAACCCAGAGACAUGGACACAGAGGGAUUCUCAUGAUGGAUCUGGAGUCUAAAAUGGAGACUGUCACCACAUUCAAAGCAGCUUACAUCCCUCCAAAAAGUCCAGGGGUGAGGCUGCAGGGCAUCAGAGGUGAGCUUUUUGAAAAACAUCUCACCCAGAUGAUCAGUGAGAAGAUUGCCGCCGAACGAAGGCCACUGACUCCCAAAACUGACUACAGCUCCACGACUCAGAGGGAUUUUUGUGUCGAGGGAUUUGUGUCUGUUACCCCUGAAACAACACAAGCUCAUGAUUAUAAAACUGACCAGGCCAUCACAUUCUGGAGUGAAAAUUGCCAGCACAUACAGGGUGUCAGCGCCAUACAGACCCUGAAAGCACCUUUUUUCAUGAAAUCGAUGUCCCACCUGAUAACUGAGAAUGUACUUUCGAUGAUCCCAUUGCAGGACUUCAUAACCAGUUAA